UUUCUCCUCCCCAAGUGACUCACCCUCUAGUAGAGAAGCCUCCAAGCUGUUAAGACUCUCAGAUGGAGGACGAUACAGCUCUUCUGUAAACUGAACGGCACAACAGAAAUCCCUGAGUGCCAGGUUCUGGACCUUUUAAUUCAUGGUUUGAAGAGCACAGUAAAGAAUCCACCUCUGAACAAAAUGGCAUCAUUCAAUGUAGGAAAAUCAUCCCCUAAGAAAAGUGAUAUCAAGAAUGCUUCCCUUGCAAUGAAGAGUAAGCAACAAGUUGCUAAUGAGGUCAACAAGCGGAGGACCCUGUUACAUGAUAACAGCUGGAUAAAGAAAAAACCUGAGGAAAACACUGAUGAAAAUUAUGGCAGAGUGGUCCUUAAUCAAUACAAAUCACAAGAGAGCUUACACAGGAAUGCAGAUGAAAAGGAUGAUCAAAAAGCUUUGCUUAGCGGACAUACAUCUGAUACUACUUUAGAAAGAAUUUCUGGCAAAAUUGAUGCUGACAAAGCAAAUCAGCUUCCCACCUCAGAUGGCAAGCCAAAUAACAGCAAGGAGCUUGAUGUAUCUCUAAACACUGGCAAUGCCACUUCACCUGUGAAGAAGAAAAGGCAGUCAUGGAUGCCUCCCCCAGUCUCAAACCAGAAGGUCACCACGGAUGACAUGGAACAACACAAAAGCGUUCCCACUACUUCAGACAAAGGAGGAGGACCAAAGAUGACUAUCUACUCAUCAGAACCGAUUACAUCUGCCAAGUCAAAUGCUGUUGUGAGUGAUCCAGCCAGAACUAGGCAGGUAUGUCCAUCUAAACCCAGUGGAUCAGAUGCUAACAGAGCCAUGAAUAAAGAGGGAACUGGGAGAAGCCAAGAACUGGACAAUCUCAUCGAAGUCAAAGCCAAAGGCAAUGAAAGUGACCAGGGAAGCCAAGAGCUGGACAAUCUCAUCGAAGUCAAAGCUAAAGGCAAUGAAAGUGACCAGAGACCCCAAGACCUUGAUGAUCUCAUCAAAGUGAACUGUACAUCUAAUGAGCGUGCCAAGGGGGGAAGAGACUUAGAUGACCUCAUUUCUGUAAAUAACACUGCACAGAAAAACAGAAGAAGCCAAGAACUAGAUGAUCUCAUUGUAAUAAAGUCAUCUACUGUGGAUCAAAAUAAAAACUGGGCACCAGACCAAGGUUAUGAAUCUGCCAAUAUUCCGGACAGUCAAUCAGAAAUUAACCAUUCAUACCAGGUCAAAAGAGAAUCCAGCUGUAAUGCCUCAAGCAGUUGCUCAAGUCCAAAGGACACUAUUGUGUACACAAGAACAUAUGAGAAUAGCAGAUUUCCCCAUGAUGCUUAUGAAUAUAACAUCCCUGGAAAAUCUAUUAAAACUGUUUAUUCUACUUCUGAUAGGGCCAUUAUUGAAAAAGAAAUGUGUACUUACUGCCGGAAGCCCUUGAGCACAGACACAAAGAUGAUUCUUGAUGCCUUGCAGAUUUGCUGUCAUGCAACUUGCUUCAAGUGUGAAGUCUGCAAAGCACCUUUGGAAAACCUGAAGGCAGGAGACAGCAUUUGGAUUUACAAGAACACAGUGCAUUGUGAACCAUGCUAUUCUGAAGUUAGAGCAUCAUGGGUCUACUAAUUUGGACCGAAAUCAGAUCAAGUGUGAUCUUCGAUGGAUCAGCUAUGUGCAUUUAUCUCUGAAAAUCAUAUGCUUUUUUAGGAUGAGGGAAGCAUUCUGAGAAUAAUCACACACAGUAUACAUCUGAAGCUAUAAAAAUUGAAGGAAGAAAAUGUAUGAUGGCAUGUGUGCAUGCAUUAUCAGCAAGAAAAUAAUGUCUAAGUCUGCAAUCCUAUGUACAAUUCCAUAGGAGUAAGCCCCACUGAAAACAGCAGGACUUAUAUUUCUGAGUAAACAUGCAUGGGUUUUAGGGAAAGUGUAUCAUAUGAAGGUAUCUAAUUAAGUCUUGAAUAAAGUACCAUUGGUUUCUGUUCA